UUGAAUUUGAACUAUAUUUUGGAAUUUAUCUACACUAAAAAUGCCACCAGCAGUUGGUGGUCCAGUUGGAUAUACCCCCCCAGAUGGAGGCUGGGGAUGGGCAGUGGUAGUUGGAGCUUUCAUUUCUAUCGGCUUCUCUUACGCGUUUGCCAAAUCUAUUACUGUGUUCUUCAAAGAAAUUGAAGGUAUAUUCAAUGCCAGCACCAGUGAAGUAUCAUGGAUAUCUUCCAUCAUGUUGGCUGUCAUGUAUGGAGGAGGUCCUAUCAGCAGUAUCCUGGUGAAUAAAUACGGCAGUCGCCCAGUCAUGAUGGCUGGUGGCUGCUUGUCGGGCUGUGGCUUGAUCGCAGCAUCUUUCUGUAACACUGUACAGGAGCUUUACUUGUGUGUCGGAGUCAUUGGAGGUCUUGGGCUUGCCUUCAACUUGAAUCCAGCUCUGACCAUGAUUGGCAAGUAUUUCUACAAGAAGAGACCACUGGCAAAUGGACUGGCCAUGGCAGGCAGCCCAGUAUUUCUCUCUACUCUCGCACCCCUCAAUCAGGUUUUUUUUGGUAUUUUUGGCUGGAGAGGAAGCUUCCUGAUUCUUGGGGGCUUAUUGUUAAACUGCUGUGUAGCUGGAUCUCUCAUGCGUCCAAUCGGGCCUAAGCCAGUAGGGAAAGAGGGAUCCAAAGAACCUCUUCAGGAGGCUGGAAAAUCUGAGGCAAGAAAAGGGACAAGUGAUGCAAACACAGAUCUUAUUGGAGGAAACCCCAAAGCAGAGAAACAAUCAUUCUUUCAAACCAUUAAUAAAUUCCUGGACUUUUCCCUGUUCAAGCACAGAGGAUUUUUGCUAUACCUCUCUGGAAAUGUGCUCAUGUUCUUUGGACUAUUUACUCCUCUAGUCUUUCUCAGUAAUUAUGGGAAGAGCAAGCAUUUCUCCAGUGAGAAGGCUGCCUUCCUUCUUUCCAUCCUGGCUUUUGUUGACAUGGUAGCCAGACCUUCUAUGGGACUAGUCGCCAACACAAAGUGGAUAAGACCUCGAGUCCAAUAUUUCUUUGCUGCUUCUAUUGUUGCAAACGGAGUGUGUCAUCUGCUAGCACCUUUAUGCUCAACAUAUGUUGGGUUUUGUAUCUACGCUGGAUUCUUUGGAUUUGCAUUUGGAUGGCUCAGCUCGGUACUAUUUGAAACACUGAUGGACCUCGUGGGACCUCAGAGAUUCUCCAGCGCCGUGGGAUUGGUGACGAUUGUGGAAUGCUGCCCCGUGCUCCUGGGGCCACCGAUGUUAGGUCGUCUAAAUGACAUAUACGGAGACUACAAAUAUACCUACUGGGUAUGUGGCGUAAUUCUAAUCAUCGCAGGCCUCUACCUCUUUGUUGGCAUGGGAAUCAACUACCGACUUACAGCGAAAGAACAGAAAGCAGAGAAGACGAAAGAAGAAAAUAAAGAGGAGGAGACCAGUAUAGAUGUUGUGGAGAAGCCCAAAGUUACCAAUUCAACAGAAUCUCCAGAGCAGACAGGCACAAAAGGCAGCCCUCAGGAGGGCAGUCGAGUUUGAACCU